CAAGCAGACGACAGAUAGGUUAAGGGACAGCUGGAAGUCUUUGUUCGGGAAAUACAAGGCAUUUAAUCAUCAGGAGAAUGUGGUUUAUGCUCAUGAACAAUGUCUUUUUAGCACUUCCAGUCAAUAUGGUGACCAACAGUGGCCCUAAUGUUUAAAACGAAUAUGUCGUCUGUUUGUUAUGCUGCGACCGGAACAGCAGCAUUCCUCCCCUUCUUCCCUCUGGUCAGAAACGCGAUACGUCACAGUACAGGUUAAGGUGUUAUUUGACAUUUGUGUCAAAUGUUAACAGCUUGACAGUUAAUGUGCUUACACCUAUUACUGUCAUGCCAACGAUAAAAUGGCACCAUCGACUACUAGCCAUCAGCAGUUGGUAUUUGCAGUGAUUGAUUGUAUGAAAACUUGCUGGCUUGAUCAUUGCCACUGUUUGCAUCAACAAUACAGAUCUCUGUCUACUGAAAGGGUAAUUUUGCAGUUAGUAAAUCAUGGAAGAAUUAGAAAGUACUCCUCACUUCAUAGAUGUGAGCUUGGGAGAAAAAAGCUGUGAUCUCAAUAAGACACACAAAGAUCAUACCAAAAUGGUGCAAUCAAAUGCUGAAAAAUGUGAGGGCAACGAAGAAACACCACCUCCUUCAUCGUCUCCUAUCGCAUGUGCCUUAUCCCAAGACAUAAAAUUUGACACGCUGAAUGACAAACCAUCAGAAAUCAAUGGCUCUGUUAGAGCUAAGGGAGACAUCUUAAAUGACUUGAUCCCAGCUCUAGAUCAUCCAAUCACUACAGAGAAUUGCAUGCCCCUUCCGAAGUUGGAAAUAUCUACCGAGCCGAGUUUGUCAAACAAAGAAGUGCCUGAAACUGAUAAUUCCAGUGUAUCAGAUAGCACAGGAGAUCAGACAUUUUCUGAUGAAAAGAUUAAUAACCAGAAUGAUGGUUUUGAACUAACUUUUGAGCGAAAUGAUGCAAGUGCUGAGGAUAUUUCCAGGACCUCAGUAGAGAGUGACCUUUGCCAAGUGACACCUUGCUCCUCAACAUCUCUGUCGGUGCCAAGCUCAGAAGAAACAAGUCCUCUUCACAAUAGUGAAGUUGAGAAAUGCAUUCUGUUAGAAUUAAACAAGGUUCUCACAAGUCUGGGCUUUGGCAUUAAAAAGCAAAAAGAAAAUGGUGUGAAUGGUAUUGAUACUCCUGCUGAAGAAGAUUCCCCAGCGCAUGAAUCACACCUGACACUUGCAGAGUUCAUACAAAGUCUGCAAUAUCAACUGUCCAAAUUUAAACUUGCCUCUGAGAAGUUUAGAGAUGAUCAUUACACAGAAGUUCAAGGACUUGAGCGUGCGCUUGCUUAUGAAAGAUCUCGUUUGGAGCUUCAAGAAAGUACUGCAACUCAAACCAUUACCCAACUCAAAACUGACUUAGAGAAAAAAACCCAGCUCUACGAAGCAGCGAACAAAGACAAGGAGGGAAUGGUUGUUAAAUAUGCUAUGAGCGAAAAAUCUGUAAUCACUGUAAGAAAAGAUCUGGAACUUGCAGAACGGCGAUUGAGAGAAGCUAAUAAAGCUAGGGAUCUGCUUUCAGAUCGAUUGAAAACAGUGCAAUCUGAGAAAGAAAAGGCAAACAAUGCACUGGAAACAAAAGGACAAGAGUUUAGCAUUGUGAACAGAGAGAAUCAGAGACUAAAAGAGGAUUUGAAGUGGACUCAGAAUAAAUUAAAAAUGGAAUCUGAGAGCAAAAAGGAAGCUGAACAAAGAAUUACAGAUCUUAUCAGAAAGCUAGAAGAAGCUAGAUUAGAAGCUGAACAGUCUCAUAAGGACGCUCAAAAUGCCAUCAAGUCAUUUCAAGUCUCUGAAGAAAACAAAGCUGUAUCACUUGACCAUCAACUACGUGAACAGCAUGCGAAACUUAUUUUGGAGAGGCAUGGAAGAGCCGAUACUGAAGUCACAUUGAAGCAGAUGCAGGCAGAGGUAGACUCCUUAAAAGCCAAACAGCAAGCUCUUAUUAGCGAGAAUAAUCAGUUGUCUUUGAAGGUGCAAACUCUAGAGAAGGAUAGAUUAGAUGGAGACCAAAGAUUGUCACGCUUGAAGCAGGAAAGUGACAAGCAUCACCAGGAAGUUGCAGAUUUGAGAGAAAAACUUGUGGGAAUGGAGUCUUUGCGAGCACAGCUCCAACACAAUGAGGACCAGCUUUCCACAUGCCGCAAUGAAAUGGAGCGACUGAGACAAACGAAUGUUGAACUCCAGCAAGAUGCUGCAGCAUGUCGGGAAAGAGAGGCAGAGUUGUUAGAUUUCACUCAAAAACUUACAGAGAAGAAUGUGCGUCUCCAAUCUGAAUUUUCAGCUCUAGAAGCAAAAGCUCAAAUGCUUGAAGGUGAACAACAACCCCUGACAAGAAGACUGACAGAAGCAGAAACCAAGGUUCAAUCCCUUACUAAGGGGUUAGAAGAAGAACAGAAAUUGCGUCAGGAAGAGAAUUCUAUCCUAGCCCGCCAUCUGGCAGAGAGCACUCAUCGUCUGGAACAGACUCAACAACAGCUUGAAGACUCACAGGGUGAAAUUGAAGUGCUUAAAAGGAAACAUGCUGCCUCUAUACGUGAAUUGACCAGAGAAAUUCAACAGUCACGCAAACGUCAAGAGAUAGCAGAGAACAGUGCAAGUAGCAGUCACCACAGUAGUAAUAGCAGCACGUCAAUUGCUCAAGGCUCUCGUACUUCAUCUAGCUCAUCCAUCAAUACUGUCUGUGAACCUUCGCCAUCUCCUAUCCUUCCCCCAAUUGUAUUUCCAAAUGGACAAGAGCCAGACAAACAUGUACUUAUUGAGCGUCUAGUUAAACUACAGAAAGAAAAUGCUAAGAAAGCAGAAAAGUUAGAUUUCAUGGAGGAGCACGCACAAGUCUUGGUGAGUGAACUCCAGAAGAAAACAAGACUUAUCCAGAAUUUUGUCAUGAAGAUGCCAGCAGGAGCUCUCUCAUCUGAAUCUAUGGAUCAGAACAAGCAUGCUAUUGCUGGAUUUUCUAAGCCUAAGCAGGCUGAUCUUGCAAAGAAAUCAGGUAUAAUGGCCAGCAUGUAUGGAUCAAAAACCGAUGAAACCAUGUCAGCAGAGUUGUCCAUGGAGAUCAAUCGUAAACUUCAGGCUGUUUUAGAAGACACUCUUUUGAAGAAUAUUACUCUGAAGGAGAACAUUGACACUCUUGGUGCAGAAAUUGCAAGAUUAUCAGCAAAAACAACCAGCAAAAAGUGAUGGAUGUUAUUGUACAGUAUUUUUAUCAUGACAUCUUGUUUGGUCGCCGGUACAUCGUGUGGUGGCGUUGCAUCAUUCCAUGAUAUAGUGAUCACUAUUCAACAGGUGUUCUUUUUUGGGUCUGCUUUCAAACACCAAUUUGAAAUUCUCACUUCACUGAUCACCAUGUACCUGAUUCACUUAAUAUAUAUCAUAAGUAUUUAACUCUUUCCUGAACAUCUGUUAUCAUGGGUCAGCCACUUGUCCUGUCUACCUUUUUGCCAUCAUUUUCCAAUAAUUCUUUUGAGAAAACAAAUGUUGUUCUUUGAUGGCAUAUUGAAUUUUAUAAUGUAUUAUUUUUGUGCUACUUACAUAGAUUUUUCAAUUAAAAGAUAGAUAUAGGAUCAAAUUGAAUAUAUAUUUUGCUUUUGACAACUAUGUCAAUGUAUUUAUGAUGGGCUGUGGUCCUUGAAAUUCAAGUUAAUUGAAACUCCUUUCUUUGUCGUUGUUAAUGUGGAAGGCUGGAUCAGAAUUAUGUAAGUUGUGUGAAAACAGUUUUAAGCCAUAUCAAUUUCUUUUAUGAAUGUGUCUACCUGCAGUGUAUCUCACACACACUGAUCCUGGCCUCCGCCAAAAAAUAAACAAAGAAAGAGAGAAUGUCAAACAAGUCAAAUAAUUGUUAUCUUGUUGCCAACGUUCGUCGAAAUUUGUGUGUCAGCAGUAUUGUUUACUUGAAUCCAUAAUCUGUGAUUUACCUUUUUAAUACAAAAGUUUUUAUUUCCCAUAAAAGGUAACCAUAACUAACAGCAGAUUAUGUACCUUUUGUACUAUGUAUUCUUAUCACAUACCCAAGUUGUUUGCUUCAGGGAGUAGUCCUGCGUGCUUCACAGCAAGCCACUGUAUUGAAUACAUUCAGACCGCGUGGAGAGUUACAACAAACUUGUGAUAUUCUGUUAGCAUUGGACAUUCUAUUAUUAUUAUUAUUAUUUAUACAAAGUUUUAUUUCGCUAGUCUUCCUAGCUGGAGGAGUAGUAGUGUAACUUAAUUGUAUUUACAUGUAUAUUGUUUAUGAAAUGGGCAGAUUCUGAUGCCAAAAAGUAGUGAGGCCAAGCACACACUGGCACGGCCCUGUCUCCCCAUGGUCAGAAACCCCAGUCACUUUGAACAACGCUAUUCAUCAACUAUGUAUCACUGAGUCUAUGAUAAUGUAAAGUUAUCUAGAGAAUGUUAAUAAACCGUUCAUUGCCAUA